AUGGCCACCACUACAACCACGGAGAUGAACAACAACUUCAACAACUGCCCUCCUGACCUCCGCAGAAUCUUCAAAGCGGACCAAGAGCAGAAGAAGAAAGCCUCACAGCAGGCUGAGAGAGAGAUCUCCCCUCCAGGUCCCGCCUUCGCCAAAGCGUACGAGGAGGUGGACGAGGUCGACUGGGACGGCCAGAUCAGCGAGGAGGCGGAAUCUCACCUCCUCGACGCAGGUGUGAGGGAUGCUUUCGUUGCGUUCGGCAACAACGACCGCACCGACUUCCCAGCGCACUGGUAUGCGCCAAGCUCCGCGCCGACCAUCCCCACCUCCGCCGCCCCUACCGGCGCUGGUGAGAAGCUUGAGCGCAAGGACUCCGCCAUGCCUUGCCGGCCUUGCCAACAGUACCGCAAGAACCACGUCUGCAUGGCAGAGUACCUCUGGGCUCUCGAGAGAUCCAAGGGAAAGUGA